AUUAAGUUGGCAACAAUGCAUAUUUUGCAAAUUCUAUUAUCGCGUUUGUUGUAUUGAUUUCUAAGCGUGAUUUGCCGAAGGAGCGCCAGGGGAAAACACACACACACACACACACACGCACAUACAGACAAGCCACUGCAGCCAUGAGCAAUUAUCGCGGCAUCGGAGGCGGCGGCUUUCCGUACAAGAAGCAGCCCAGCGGUGGAAACAAUAUGAGUGCAGUGCCACCGCCGCCGGCAUUGAGCCAUAAUCGAGGAGGCGCCCGUGGCGGAUUCGGCUUCAGCUUCAACCGGGGCGGCAGGGGGAGCAACUUAGGUGUUGCAGCGACCAGCACCACCGGCGGCACAGGCAGUAGCACAACAUCCAAGCACGGCUACUCAACGCUGGAGUCCAUCAGCCAAUACACAAACUCGUCCAAUUUUGUGGGUAAGCGGAAGCAGCACAUGGACGACGAUUACUUUGACGACGAUGAUGAGCCGUCACAGCAGCAGCAGAAGGCGGCGCUGGAGCAAGCAUAUAUACCGGCGCCGGGAUCGCCAGGUGCGCCAGCAGCUAAGCCUGAUGAAUCCGAAUCCGAUGAGGAUCCGUUGGAACAGUUCAUGGCUGGCAUUAAUCAGCAGGUGGAAAAGGAGAAGGUGCGUGCAGCGACCGAGCAACAGCAGAAGAGCAGUUCAGCGCCGCUGGAGAAGAAGGGCGUGCGCGGCGACAUUGACGACGAGGAUGAUGAGGAGAGCUAUUAUCGCUAUAUGGAGGAGAAUCCCAAUGCCGGUCUGCGCGACGAGGGCUCCGACCCGGAGAUCGACUACGACGAGGAUGGCAAUCCGAUAGCGCCGCCCAAGAAGAAGGACAUUGAUCCGCUGCCGCCCAUUUAUCACUCGGAGAUCGAGUACGAACCCUUCGAGCGCAACUUUUACACGCCCCACGAGGACAUCGCCCAGCUGGACGAGGAUCAGGUGCGCGAACUGCGUCGUACCCUCGGCGUUAAGGUCAGCGGCGCACUGCCACCGAAACCGGUGAGCUCCUUUGGCCACUUUGGCUUCGAUGAUCAGCUGCUGAAAUCGGUGCGCAAGGCGGAGUACACACAACCCACACCCAUUCAGGCACAGGCGGUGCCCACUGCUCUCUCCGGCCGUGACAUCAUCGGCAUUGCCAAGACGGGCUCCGGCAAAACGGCUGCCUUCAUCUGGCCCCUGCUCACCCACCUGAUGGAUCAGCGUGAGCUGCGACCAGGUGAUGGACCCAUUGGGCUGAUUCUGGCGCCGACGCGCGAACUCUCGCUGCAGAUCUACAAUGAGGCGAAGAAGUUUGGCAAGGUGUACAACAUCAAUGUGGUGUGCUGCUAUGGAGGCGGCUCCAAGUGGGAGCAGAGCAAGGCUCUGGAGCAGGGCUGUGAAAUUGUGGUGGCGACACCCGGUCGCAUGAUCGACAUGGUCAAGAUGAAGGCGACCAAUCUGCGGCGUGUCACCUUUCUGGUGCUGGACGAGGCAGAUCGUAUGUUUCACAUGGGCUUCGAGCCGCAGGUGCGCUCCAUCUGCAACCAUGUGCGUCCGGAUCGACAGACGCUGCUCUUCUCGGCGACGUUCAAGAAACGGAUUGAGCGACUUGCUCGCGAUAUACUCACCGAUCCAGUGCGCAUUGUCCAGGGUGAUUUGAACGAGGCCAAUCAGGAUAUUACUCAGCAUGUUUAUGUGUUUCCCAAUCCGCUGCAGAAGUGGAACUGGCUGCUGUGCCAUCUGGUCAAGUUUCUCUCCGAGGGCGGCGUGCUCGUCUUUGUCACGAAGAAGGCGGACGCGGAGACGGUGUCCAACAAUCUGCUGCUGAAGGAGCACAAUUGCCUGCUGCUCCAUGGCGACAUGGAUCAGGCGGAUCGCAACAAAGUCAUAAUGCAGUUCAAGCGCAAGGAGUGCGACAUUUUAGUGGCCACCGAUGUCGCUGCCCGUGGCCUGGACAUACCCCACAUCCGCAACGUGAUCAACUAUGAUAUUGCCAGAGACAUUGAUACCCACACUCAUCGCAUUGGGCGCACAGGUCGCGCCGGCGAGAAGGGCAAUGCGUACACCCUCGUCACCGACAAGGAUAAGGAGUUUGCUGGGCAUUUGGUGCGCAAUCUGGAGGGAGCAGAUCAGGCAGUGCCCGAUGAUCUCAUGGAGUUGGCCAUGAAGAGCUCCUGGUUCCGCAGCUCACGCUUCAAGCAGGGCAAGGGACGCAAGCCCCUCAACAAUUUCAUGGGGCUCGGCUAUCGUGAGCAGUCCGGGAAUGCUGCGACUGGCACAACGACUGGCUCGGCGCCGGGCAAGGGACCGGCGAGCGAGACGAGCAGAUCGCUGUCGGGUGCCGGACCCGCCACAGAUCGCUAUUCGGCAAUGCGGCAGGCCUUCCGCUCGCAGUACAAUUCUCAGUUUCGCGCCUCCAGCGAUCGCACCUGGGAGCAAACAGUGCCGGAGACGGGCGUCUUUGCGGCACCGCCCCCGCCACCAGCGCCGACAGCAAUCGGUGGCGCCUCCUCUUUCUCCUCCUCCGCCUCGUCUAGCAACAGCAGCCUGGAGGCAAAGCGCGCCAAGAAGAGUCGCUGGAACUGAAACCAGAACGAAGAAGCCACAAACAGCGAAACUGAAUCGAAAUCAUUUUUGGUUUAAUUUCAUAUUAUUUAAUGUGUAUUUGCUUUUGUUUCAUCAUUUAAAAUUACAGCUUAAUCGCUAAAUAUAUAUAUAUAAUAUAUAUAUAUAUAUAUUUAUAUAUAUAUAUAUAUAUAUAUAUAUAUAUAUAUAUAUACAUAUAUAUAUAUAU